AUGCGUCGUCUGUCGUCGUCGUCGUCUUCGUCUUCGUCAACGCUGCAGGUGUCCUUGGUGUCACUUCUGUAUCAGCUGAAGCAGCACAUACAACCGCAACGGCGAUACGAGUCUACUGGUGGAAGAGGGGACAGCGGCCGUGCCACGCCACCACCGCGGCGGAAAGUGAUGUCCCCAACGGCAUCCGCGUUGUCGCGAAGCGAAGACGUAGCGCAGCGCGAAGAGUUGCUUGACGUUGAGAAACAUUUCCCGGUAGCGAUGUCGCACCUCAAGAAGCCCACGACGUCCCCCUACGUGGCUGCCCAACGCAGGAAGAGGGAGUGGAAGGAGAUCGUGCGGACCAGGAACGCCGAUGGGUACGCUGUCCCAAAGGAUGACGCUGACGUGGUGCCCUCUUUUUUUGACGAGGGAAGCCUUGACAUACGUGCAGGCGGACGGCAACGGCGCUUACGUGAGGAGGCGCCAUCACAGCAGGAAAAAUUAUCUCCCGAUGUGCUUCAGCUAUCGGGCGGCAACACUAGGCAGCACGGCCCCACACUAUCUCACGAGAGCAAUGUCUCUCCUGCAGAUCCCACAAUUGAGCCUGAUGGGGAGGAAGGGCGGAAUGUCUACGGUGACACCCCUGUACAGCUGACUGACAUGGUGAAUGAGCGGCUAAUGGAGCUCAAAGCGGAGAAGCUGAGAGAGGACCGCAAUGACACUUACUUGCCUCGCCGCUUGCGACUGCUCUCUGACCGUGAGUUACAGCAUCGACAAGAGGUAAAGACGAAUAAGUUACAGAAAAGGCUCUGUGAUACUGCAGAGCCUAUUCACUCAAAAAGGGUCCCAACCACUUUGGCAGAUGUAGCUGAUGGUGAUGCUGCUGCUGCUGCUAUGGGCGCUGAUGGCCUACAAGGCAGUGAUCAACUGACAACAACGAAACCGUCGGGCGUAUCGACGGCUAUGAGUACUAUUCUGCGAAGGUCCACAGAGUUUUAUCCUGGUGGAUCGGCGUACGACCCCCUUACUGAUCAAGCGAGAAAAUUUGGCGAUGUGGAGGAAAAUACGUCUAGUAUUCCUAAAGGUUCAGUGUUUCUCCUUCGCUGUUUACCACGUGCGGGUUUCUGCAGUCGCCGCGAGGCCCUUGCGAUUAUCGCUAGCGGUCAGGUACGUGUUGAUAAUGUGGUUGAGAGGAACCCAUUUCGUCUUGUGCGAGCCGAGAAUAACAUCCACGUGGCAUCACAUAGUGGUCGCCUUCGUUUCGCACCGCCGCGGCUCUGGAUGUACCACAAACCUGCUUAUGUGAUUGUGUCCAGGAACGACAUGGCAGGACGGACACUGAUCACCAAACACGCUCGCAUACUUGGUAUGGACCACCUCGUUCCUGUCGGAUCCCUCCCGAUGCGUGCACACGGCUUGCUGCUUCUCACCAAUGACGGUGAACUUUCUCGGUUUUUGGAAAAUCCUAAAUCAAUGAUCCAGCAGACGUACCUGCUGCGCGUGCGUCCCGCCAUUGACCCUGUGCUGGCCCACAAGCUGAACACGGAGGGAGUUAUGGUGAAUGGAAAGCAGUGGACUAAUGUGGAGUUUUUUGUGAAUCCGGCGAUGAAAUCACGAUUCUCGCUAAAGGUGAAGGUAAGGGGGGAGGUAAUGCCUGUUUCUCAUCUAAUGCAGCAUCUGGGACGUAAUGUGGAGCGUGGUGGUCGUAUCUCUUUUGGCCCGUUUUCAAUUAGCGGACUUCCUGUGGGUUCUAUACGUGAGGUGACAGUGCCCCCGUAUUAUAUGCAGCACUCUGGUGCUGUUUGGAAGGAGUUCAUUGAGCGCGACUGGCCAUUCUUCCGACGACAACGCGUUGCUCGUCUGCGUCGUUUAUGUCGCUACCGCGAACUUACUCCGAAGGAAUUGGAGGAACUUGAUAACUUUACGUAUGAGGAGCUUAAAGAUGCUCUUAGUUUUGAGUCACAGGAGCUGAAGACGGUGUCAGCUGAGCGGUUGCAGCUUGCCUCUGUGCGUCCCACAAUAGACGAAAAUCCCUUGCCCAACGACUUUCGGAGUGAUAUUGUGGAUGGCAACAUCGAGAUCCCUCUGCAAGACGACGAGGAUGUGAUCAUGGAAGACAUUACUUCAGCUGUUUGA